AUGACAACUUCAACCACCACUUCCAAUAGAUCAAUUAUAGUAUUACUUGGUGGUGGACAUGCAGCUGGGAAGAAAACCACCGCUAACUCUUUAAAGCAAGAACUCAGCAAGAUUCCUUCGACUAAUGUCGAUAUAGAGAUAAUUGAUAUGAAUCAAUUUAAAGAAGGUUGUAAUGCGUCAUCCAUAGACACAACCGAGUAUUAUAACCAGGGAAAAUCUGCUGCCAUAACGGUAUCAAAGGAGUUCCACCAUGACAAAUAUCCAAGCCUUAAACCUUCAAGAUUUCAAUUCGACAAACUCAAAGAGGUGCUACGCAGUAAGUUGUACAUUCCGGUUGACCAACCACAAAAGGUUCUUAUAGUUCACGGAUUAUACGCGUUAUACGAUAAGGAAAUUAGAGAUCUAUCCAAUAUCAAGGUGUUUAUAGACAGUGAUAGUGAUACAAGAUUAAUUCGUUGGAUAAGACGGGAUGUUCUUGAAAGAAAGACAAAUACACUUGAUAGUGUAAUAAAUGCCUAUCUUUUGGGAGCCAGAAGAGAAAUGAAUGAUUUCAUAUUUCCAACCAAGGAAUUCGCCGAUGUUAUCAUGCCCAAGGGAGCAAAUGAACCAAAUGACGCGGUUAAGUUAGUUAUUGACGGGAUAAUAUUGUACUUGACUGAUAAACGACCUGAAACAAUGUACUUACCAACCACAACUUCUAAUUACUUAAGACCCACUGAUGAAUUAAGUUUAGAAAAGGAAAGAUUUGAUAUUCAAAAGAAUAAAUUCUAUGAAUUGAAUUAA